ACAUUUCACCUUUUCAUUAUUACUCUCAAAAUUAUAUAGCAGAACCUGAGUGUGAAAAUGUGUGCGAACACAACAACAACAAAAAAACCCACUGAAAUCACAGAUUCGUGACCUAACAUUUAUUUAUUUAUUUAUUUUACAGACGCUUUUUGCCAAAGCGACCUAAUGCCUGUUAUUACGAAUGAUUUCCUUUGCAAUGCAAAUAUUUUAUAUAUAUUCAUUAAGCCACUUUUGCAUUUCGGAGAAGUCGAAUUUUAAGCGUUCAGUAAUAAUAGUCCUAAACGAUUCUCUCGACUGGGAAGCGCAGUUUGAAGGGGGCCGCCCCCUCUGUGCGCGCCGUGAUUUACGGGGCGGAGGGACGAGCUGCGGCAGCUGCUGUCGAUUUGCUGGGCAUGUGAGCCACCCUUCACACCGUGCAUCUGAUCAGACCAAACCGGCCGUUGCACAGCCCAUCUAGCCUGAUAAAACGCCUCCUGGGCCAGCGCUGCAUCUUCCACCUCCUCCUCCUUCAUCUCCUCCAGCUCUUCUAGCCAAGAACCAAGUUCAACCUCAGCCAAGCCUUGUGUUUUAAGCAGGUCAUGUCGGAGCAGCAUAGGCAACGCUCGCUCUCCACCUCGGGGGAGAGCCUGUAUCGUGUGCUGGGGGUCGACAAGAUUGCCACUCCUGAUGACAUCAAGAAGUCCUACAGGAAAUUAGCACUGAAGUUCCACCCUGACAAGAACCCAGACAACCCAGAGGCGGCUGAGAAGUUCAAGGAGAUCAACAGCGCUCACACCAUCCUGACGGACCCCACCAAGCGCAACAUCUACGACAAGUAUGGCUCCUUGGGCCUUUAUGUGGCCGAGCAGUUUGGUGAAGAGAAUGUCAACACCUACUUCGUGCUGUCUAGCUGGUGGGCCAAGGCCCUCUUUGUAUUGUGUGGCCUGGCGACAGGCUGCUACUUCUGCUGCUGCCUCUGCUGCUGCUGUAACUGCUGCUGUGGGAAAUGCAAGCCGCGUCCACCAGAGGGCCAGGAUCAGGAGUUCUACGUGUCGCCCGAAGACCUAGAGGCCGAGCUCCAGUCUGACGAGAAGGACUCCUCAGCCCCCAUCACGAUGCAGCCCGCGUCUGCGACCGAGACGACCCAGCUGAACACCGACAUCCACUACUCUAGCUACCACACUGACACUGGCUUCAACUAGGCCCCUGCACCCCCCCCCCACCCCCCAGCCCCAGAAAAGCCAGGCCAGAGGGGUGCAGGCGGGGUGAAUCUGAAGAGGUCAUUUGCAGCGCAGCAGAAUGGGGCAGAGCAGCCUGACGGGCCUGGCCCCCCCCUCGGGCCGGGCAGUGGGGAAGCUGCUCUUUUUGAAAGCAGACGGACGUUCGGUUUUGUCAGUGUGUGUGUUUGUGUUUUUGGAGUUCAUGGUCCAUUUCAGAUCUGCUCUUUGUUCUGUUUCAUACAUGUGCUUAAUAUUUCUUGGGUAGGUUCUCUGGUUGUGUGCGUGUGCCUCGGUCCCGGUUCCAGCAUGUCCCCUAGGCCCUGUGUCCCCUUGUCCCCUCCUGUCCCCCGCUGCGGUGCUGCCAGCCUCACGGUCACCCACAGGCCGACGCUCAUGUGCACGAGACUCGGACCCCUGCAUGCCUGUGCCCUCCUCCGUGUCUGAGCUCGACGUGUGAUGGAAGCAGCCGGGGGGGAUGGGGCCAGACUGACCAGACUGACGGGCCAGACCUGCCCUGUGACACCCCCCAGAGGUAACCAGCCCCCUGCUGGUGCGGGACCACCUCGGCUGCGCUGUCUCAUGUUGGCCAUCGUGUUCGACAGGAUGUUUCUUCUGCUCUGUGCCAUGCAUGUGGCUCUGUGGUGCCCCCUUGUGACUGUCCUGUGUCGGCCCAGGUAACGGCGCCAUGCUCUUCUCAUGUUGGGCUGGCUUAGGCUGUGAUUCUGAUCUCCAGUACCUGCCUGUCCCCUUUCUGCAGCUUUUCCCCCUUUUGAGAGAUGGGGCCCGGGGGUAUUAGGCGUUUGCUUGCCCAUAGGCACCCCCCCCCCAUUCAUAAGUGUGUGAGGACAGUAUAAUGGAAUGGUCCACAGUGGGAUGGAGUUGCUCCCGUUUUCAGUGGCGUCGUGAGGAUUUUGUGGAGAUGGCGUUGCUGAGGGGGGGUGCUGAGUGCUCCGCUGCCCCUUCACACAGCAGCUUAAUCCUCAAGAUCUGCUUGCUGGUUCCCAUUUCCCCGUGGCUUCAGUGUAACGUCAGGUCUCCUCCCCCCCCGGCUUCUCACAUGGUCUCUCCCUAACUUCCUGCUAUAGUUCUGUAGCAACCGAUUGAAACUCCGUCUAAACUCCGCCAUUUUUCUUUUUGGGUGUUAUGUUGGGGGUUGGGGGGGUCGUGCUUUACAUUCCUACCAGCUCGGUGUCCCUCCCAUGCCAAGUGGAUCCUCAGUGAAUAUCCCAGCUUGGGUCUUAUGUGUUAAUUUCCACCCCUGGUCACUCUCUGCAACCGCUGAUGGUGUUAGCUGCAGCUGUAAACGUCUCCCUAUGCAGACGGUCCCAUUAGGGGUUGCUCCUGCUCCAUGUUUCCCCCCCAACUGAAUUUCCUGCGGGUUGAUCUCCUGGAAGACUCGGGUGCUUUAUGGUACAAGCUGAUCCCACAAAGCGCUCAUUCCGGGUUGUUGUUGGCAGUGGAUUGCCCGGCGCCUCCCAGCUGGUCCCGUCUCCACAGGGCCUCCCUAACAGUGCUUCUCUUCAUUUUGUAUUUUUGGGUCUUUCUCUGGUUUAAUCUGUGCUUAUUCUGUGCUUCUUUCCGGACGGGCUACAGGACGUGUUGAAAUUUGAGUGUCCUUUUGAGCUUCUAAUGGGCAGAUUUAUCUCUGAAGAAUAUACCCUCAGCUCAGCGCCAGAUGUUAUGUAGGUGUAAAAAAAAAAAAAACUGCCUCGUUCUUUUCUCUCACCUUACAAACCUCAGGAUGAACCCUGGUGUCGUCGUCCCCCACACCCUCAUAAUCGGCUCUAAUUUGUCCUUGAACAACUAUUUACAUUUUGUUGGCACCGAUGAGUUAAAAUGUUUGACAAUUGCAUAAAGGCCACCAUAUAGGAAAGACUGGAAGGACUUUAAAAAAAACUACUGUGAAAAAUGGCUCAUUAAAAAGAAGGUUCCUAACAUUUAUCCCAAAGCAUCUAACAAAUAACUUUGUUUUGUAAGAAGCACAGGUUGGCUGGGAGAUGGGAUUUUUUUAAUCGCAAGAUAUCUUCAGCUGUAUGUUUUCCCGUUUUUGCUUCCACAUGCUCUGUGUGCAUUGAGCAGGAGAUGUGGCUGGGCUCAUGCAGGUGAAAUUUAAACUGCUUCUGUCUCCUGUUUAGCAGAAAACUUCAUAUUCAGUAACUGCAUCAUUUUCCUUCUGCAAGAUCCUGUAAUUCUCCUGCAUCUUUGUAUAUAUUUCUGUGUAUAUAGCACUAUCCUGUUAGCCUGCAUUACACUCGUGUAACCAGAUCAGAGAGUAAUGUGAUUUUCUUUGCUGAUGUAAACUGGGCCUGUAACAAUAUUCACUGUUUGUCACGUGCCAGGAAAAAAAAAGACUCAAGUGUUCAGUUCACGUCUAAUCUCUGCCAACAAAGAAGAGCAGCCUGUAGGAGCAUUGCUAGUUGAAUGGUUCACUGCAGUUUAAUAUUUUGUUUGCACGUGGUAGCACAGAAAUGAUCAUGGUCUCGUGGUAUAAUGUACAUGCCACAGCUAAGCUGGGUCUCGCAUCAUCAGCUCCCACAGUGGGUGACAGUGAUCAGAUGUAUAACCAAGGCACACACACCAGGGAAAUAGCUGGUGUGAAAACAACCAACGCUUUGUGUCGUCUUGUUUUUAGUGCCAAUGUCAAUGUGGGUAACAAGACUUGAGACAAUCCCCAAGGAUUUGCCAUUAAGUGCAAACUGUCAAGAGAUAGACGGUACAUGUUUCAGACUGUUAAGCAUCAGAGACUGGCAGAUUUAUUUUAAGAAUCUUUAAACCGAAAAUAGUGUCAUAGUAAUAUGUGUUGUAUUUAUUUUUCAAUGUUUUUAAUAAAGCAUAGUUUUUAAUGGUAUGUAAUUUAGUUGUGACUAUUAAACUGUGUGUAACACAACUUAAUGGUUGAACUCUGUACAUACACUUAAAUAUAACUAAAGUAAUAGUUUUGUUUUAGCAUGGUCACAUCAGACAGGAAAGAAAAAUGUUGGUAAUUUAUUGAAUUUGCUGUUGUAAAAUAAAUGUUUUGGAACAUU